AUGAAUCGACCCGUGCAUGCAUGGUUGUCAGAGAUCAGUAGUAGCCUUGUGGGGAACAAGAACGGGAAGCGAUCUUCUUUACUUUCUGAUAAUUCGCAUACUAAAAAGAAAACACGUAAUAUCUUCCGCAGAGAAAAGAAUGGGAAACUCGGUAUUCUUGCAUUCGAGACGGCAAAAACCAUGUCACGUCUUGUUUCUCUUUAUAAAUCUCUCUCUGACGAUGAAAUUCUUAAGCUCCGUAACCAUAUCAUCAGAUCAGAAGGCAUCUCUUAUUUGAAUUCUAAAGAUGAAGGAUAUCUUCUUAAACUUGCUUGUGCUGAGAAGAUUGAAGAAAUAGAUCGACUCGCAAUGACCGUUUCACGUUUAGGCAAAAGAUGUUCUGACCCGCAAUUGAAUCAUUUCAAGUAUGUGUACGCUGAUUUAAAAGACGGCGUUAUGGAUUUGAGUAGAUUGACAUUUGCUUCAAAAGACAUAAAGAAAAUCGUUAAACAGAUGGAGAAAUUCAUAAAUGCGACAUCGGAAUUGUAUUCUGGCUUAGAAAUUCUGGCAGAAAUGGAACUGUCAGAACAAAGGCUGAUGCAAUGGAAGACGUACGCGCGUUCGUUUCCUGGACAGAAAGGUAACUCUGAUCUCUUCGAUCAGAAAAUAAUGUGGCAACGGCAACAAGUUAGGUACCUAAGACAGGUUUCUCUUUGGGGUCAGACAUUCAACAAAACGGUAAGUCUAAUGACGCGAACAGUAUGCAUUGUUUACACCCGAAUCAGUGAAGCUUUCGCUCCCUACGUAUCGGUUCUAAUCCUUCCUUCGUCGAGUCGCAAACGUUUCUUGUCAGAGCAUCAGAUAAGAUUUUAUCCCGAUUCUCGUCCCCUUAUUUUAAGUCCUCGCGUAAGUCCUCUACCAGAAAGAGAAAUGGUUUCUACAAAAUCAGGUCCACUUUCAUCAAAGCCUCCAUCAAAACAAGAUUCUGUACACUUCUGGAGCCGAGAAUUGAAACCUUUACGUAAUCUAAAAGAAAAUCGUCUUUUGAGUAUUCGUAUUCUGGAAAAAACUGCCAGUGCCAGCAUGAAUAACGCUGCUAGUUAUUGUACUGGAAUGAGGUUGGCAGAACAAGCACCAGCAUCCACUGUCGGAGGUUCAGGUUUGGCAGUGAGAUACGCAAAUGUGAUUCUAACAUCGGAUAGAUGCAUGAAAUCUCUAUUUUCAAUUGAUCAAAAUACGCGAGACGAUUUGUAUCAUUUGUUACCGGCACAUUUGAAGGAAAUUGUCAAACCGAAGUUGAAGAAACUAAGUAGGGUGCAUGAGCUUGGGAAACGGGAGAAAAUUGCAUUAGUUGAGGAUUGGGCAGAAAGAUUGAACCAAACUUUUUCAUGGCUUACUCCCAUGGCACAAGAUACUGUGAAAUGGCAAAUGGAGAGGAGUUUUGAGAAGCAGAAUUUUGAUGCCAAGCCGAAGGUUUUGUUGCUGCAGACUUUGUAUUUUUCUGAUAAACGUAAGACAGAAAGAGCCAUUGUUGAUGUUCUGGUUGGACUGAGUUGUAUAUGUAUGUGUGGGAGUGCGAUUGCUGAAGGAUUUGGUUUUGAUCCAAGCAAAUAUUAA